GGUAUGUCAGCUGAGUCCUCUGCAUUUAUGUACAAGGGAGGCGUGUCAGCUAAUGUCGGGAAUGAGACAGUUUUAGGGACUCCUGUCCCAGUUGCACAUUCAACUGCUGUCAGCAGUAAAUAUUCAGCUUACAACAGAAAUGGUCGGGCCUACUUCGAUAAAAUCCUACCAACUUCACCAGCCUUCCUAAAACAGACUUAUGUUAUUGAAGGCAGUAAAAACCAUCAAAAUCGUAAUAUUCAAGAUGAAGGCAAUAAAGAAACUAGCAUUUUAAACAUUGAUGCAAUAAAGGGUCUUUCAGAUAGUGUUUUAGAUCGCAGCUUGCACGAAGUGAUUACGAAAAAGUUAAGUGAAAAGAACCAAAUUAAGCAACUGGAUACCUUUAAUGUUGAACACUGUCAGCCCCCUUCUACGGAUAUUGAAGCAGAGCAACAGAAAAUUCAGUUCGAUGACGAAGAGCUAAAAAUGUUAGAAGAUGCCUUUAGUGAUUUCGAUUGUGAUACAUCAGAAACAACUAUCCCAACUCGCGCGUGUGAAACAUUUGCCCGUCGAGUAUCAUGCAAACCACCGGCGACGGGGGAAGAGUGUUCGGAAGGCAAUACAACAUCAGUCCCUUCUUUACAGUCAGCCGAGGGCAGUGGCGAAGCCGAUGGUAGUAUUGUUGAUGUUGAAGCACAAGAUCCCGCACAACCACAUGUUGUUUGCCCGGCUACUGGACCUUCUACUCAAGUUUCAGAAGGUCAUCCAGACAAUACUAUUGACAAGCAGUUAAGCUCACAGACUAAGGGAGUUGAUCAGUCACUAAUAAGAUCUCGUGUCAAACUAUAUUCACACCUACCAUGUCUUACUGGCUUAUCAUCUGCUCUUGAGAGUAAUUCAUUCGGCAACAAAUCAGAUAAUUGUGUACCACCUGAAUUGCCUAAACCAACUACUAAUUUGAAUGCAAAUAAUUCUGCAUCGCUGUCAUCAGUACAUGAUGUAAAUAGACAACUCCUAAGCCAUACAAACAGUCAUCUUGCUAAUUCAGCUGAUGCAAAUAAUAUUUCUCAAGCUCCUCAAGAGCAGAUUUCAAAACACGACUUAUCUGAAAAUGCUUCACAUGAUAUCCAGAAAGUUGAUAAUGCUAUGGAGGCUGACGAUACAAUAUUAGGAAAUCUGGACAUGUCAAAAAUCGACAUUAGCUGUUUACACAUGUCUGAUAUUGAUGGUUUACUGGAUAUGAUAACUGCUCUAGGUAAGCAGUCUAAAACUUGUGAACCAGCAACUCAGUACAAUAAAGUAUGUUCACAGUUUACUAAACAAGUGGCUGCUGUCAGACAAGCACUAAAACCUGCUGUUAGUAAUACAAUUGGUUCUAAUAAGAUUAUUUACAGUUCAGAGGGGAAACAAGCAAAUUUUCCUUCAUCCAAGGGUUUCGUGCAGAUUUUUUAAGUGGUUGCGUGGCAGAAUGUUGACUCUUGCUACUCGCAAAGCUGUUACAUGUGCUCUAAAGUAAUACCAAUGUUUACCAGACUUUAAAAAAUACCCUCCUAAUCGAAGUAAUUUAAGUUUAACAGUAUGCGGAUUGUCAUACAAAACAUGCAUAUCUGAAAUUCACGCAUAGCUGCGUCUAUCUAAUUGAUAGGGUGAAGUAGUUGUUUGAAUUGGAUUGCAGAUUCUCUGCGGUUUUCUUCCCAUUCCGAUGGAAUUUUCUAUAUGGUUUUGAUUUCGUAAUGAAUUUUGUGUUGAUCUUGAGAGACUGGUUUUAAAUAUGUGCUCUCAGUAUCCGGAAAACACUAAACCUUGAUCUUAUGAUGAUCAAUACUCAUCGUUAAGGCAUAACAUAACGGCAGUUUUGCCUUGCAGAUAAGGAUUCGUAUCAUUUAAUGCUAAGGCCAGGAACUCUACUGUCAAGUUUUGCAGGCUGUAACUAACUAAAUUAUAACUCUGUUUGACAUUGUUCCUACGCAUCAUUUGCUAUUCAUCUGCAGAAAAAGAAAUGAAUUAAAAUGCUCAUAUUUAAAUUCAUGAAUAAUCCCCAUCCCGUAAAAAUAAUUACCACUGCUAUUCAAGUAUUGGUUUGUAGGGAUUUGGUUGAUUGGUUACAGGAUUUCAUCAUGAGCUAACAUUGGUUAGAGAACCAUUGGAAAACCUGGGAGUACUGAACAGCUGCUUCGUAGGAGGGUGUGGCUUUCCAUCCAAAUCGCUAAGGCUUCGGCAAUACAAAGUAUACGGAAGCUUGUCGAUUUUGGAAGGCUUCUUUUGACUUUAUAGAUGACUUUAAACUACUUCUCCUUGCAAAUCGAAUGACCAGUGUUGAGUAUAUGCUCAAUAAUGGCGCUCCUUAUUGCUCCGAUGUUACCUUUCCGUAGCCAGGCGGGAUAGUGUUCUUGAACUCUUUUAGAUAAAAUUCGCAUCGAACGACCUAUAUACCUCGCUCCGCAAGAGCAGGUGAAUUGGUAGAUACACAUGGAAGUGGUCAAAUGCGAUAGUUUAUCUUUAGAGUAGUUGAGGAACAAUGGCCGGGAGGAAAAUGUCAGUCGUAGUGUGGCAGCGAAGAAUGUCCUUCUGAGAGCAGUAGAUAUCCUCUUCUUCCAUGUGUAUGUGCAUGAGUAUAUACAUUAGGUUUGUCGGACAAGAGUAAAAAUUAGCUAGGGUUGUUGUUUAUGUCAUCGAAAUAUUUCAAAAAAAUGUGAUGAAUAAUCAAAUUGUAACUACCGGGGGGGGGUGGCGGUAAAGAUUGUUAAGAGAGUAGUGGUGAUGAGUUGUCAAAGAAUAGUUGUUAAUAGUAGUCACUGCAUAAGAGAAGUUGAAUAAGUGUAUUGUGUAGUUACGUAAUAAGGUGAAUAAAUUAAUGGUGAGUGGGUUUUGAUUAGGAUGUAAAUAGAAACGCAGGAAAAUAUGGAAUUGUAUAAGAGUGGUAAAGGAAUACAAGAGUUAUAAGGAGUCAGAAAAGCAGGUACAUAAGUCAGUAGAAAUCCACAUGCUCAUAUUUUUCAUGUAUGCAUAUUUGUUGAUGCAAAAUAGUGUAUUUAUUUAUUGCCUGAUGUUUAUAUUUAGGUCGAUGGGGGAAAAGAGAAUGU